CUCGCCCAGACCUCAGACCAUAGAAAAAGACCAGGGAGAACCUGGCUGCAAUUUUUCUUGCCAGAAAAUUGCAGAAUGAUGGUGUCCCUGUCCUGCUUCAUAAUGGAUUGGUUCGAGCUGUUCUUCCUCCAUCCUGUAGCAUUUUAUCAAGGGGCUGCCUUCCCUUUUGCACUUCUGUUUCAUUAUCUCUGCAUCUGGGACUCAUUUUCUACUCGGGCCAGGUACCUGUUUCUCCUGGCUGGAGGAGGUGUGCUGGCCUUGGCUGCCAUGGGCGUCUAUGCUGUGCUUGUUUUCAUCCCUGUGAUCUGUGCCGUGCUUUUGGUCUCCUUGCUUGAACCUCAGGAGGUCCAUAAGUGGACUUUCUUCUUUCAGAUGAGCUGGCAGACCCUGUGUCACCUGGGUCUGCACUACACUGAAUACUAUUUGCAAGAGCCUCCUUCCCUGAGGUUCUGCAUUACUCUUUCUUCUCUCAUGCUCUUGACCCAGAGGGUCACAUCCCUCUCUCUGGACAUCUGUGAAGGGAAAGUGGAAGCAACAACAGGAAGCAUCGGGAGCAGGAGCUCUUUGUCUGAGUGUCUGUGUAAGGCUCUGCCCUAUUUCAGCUACUUGCUCUUUUUCCCUGCUCUGCUGGGAGGCCCUCUGUGUUCCUUCCAGAGAUUUCAGGCUCAUGUUCAAGGGUCCAGCUCCUUGUGUGGUUGCUCCUUCUGGGCUCUGACCUGGAGGGGCCUGCUGGUUCUUGGACUGGAGUGCUUAAAGGUGGCCUUGAGCAGCGUGGUGAGUGCAGGAACAGGACUGACUGACUGCCAGAAACUGGAGUGUGUCUAUGUCCUGUGGUCCACGGCUGGGCUCUUCAAACUCACCUACUACUCCCAGUGGAUCCUGGAUGACUGGCUCCUCCACGCAGCCGGCUUUGGGUCUGAGUUUGAUCAGAGCACUGGUGAGGAGGGAUAUGUACCUGACGCGGACAUUUGGACACUGGAAACAACCCACAGGCUCUCCCUGUUCACGAGAAAGUGGAACAGGAGCACAGCCCGGUGGCUUCGCCGGCUGGUGUUCCAGGGCAGCAGCGGCUGGCCACUGCUGCAGACCUUUGCCUUCUCGGCCUGGUGGCAUGGCCUCCACCCAGGACAGGUGUUUGGCUUCCUGUGCUGGGCUGUGAUGGUAGAAGCUGACUACCUGAUUCAUGCCUUUGCCAACUUAUCUAUCAGCUCCUGGCCUAUGAGGCUGCUCUACAGAAGUCUCACCUGGGCCUCCACCCAGCUUAUUGUUGCCUACAUAAUGCUGGCCGUGGAAGGCAGGAGCCUCUCUUCUCUCUGGUCCCUGUGUAAUUCCUGUAACAGUGUCCUUCCCAUGGUAUACUGUAUUUUGCUUUUUUUAUUAGUGAGGAGAAAGCGCAAAGUUAACUGACAUCUUUCCUUGUCUUUCAUCUU